UGCCUCCCUGGCGAUCGAAUCUGCGUGCGCCGGCACGGACGCCAUGGCAGCUUCCGCCGGAAAGAAAGAGGCCGCCUGGCCUGCCACCAUGGCGCGGUACGAGCGGCUGGAGAAGCUGGGUGCGGGCAUCAACGGCGAAGUGUUCAAGGCGUGGGACACCCAGGACAACCUGAUCGUCGCCGUCAAGCGGCUCAGCGGGAGCGGUGACGACGGCUUCAUUAUUUCCGGCCUACCGGAGGUCAUGCGGGAGGCCAUGUGCCUGGGCUCGUGCCGCGGCAUCCCCUCGAUCGUGCAGCACCGCCGGACCUACGCUGACGCAUGCCAAGGCGAGGCCAGCGAUUCCUUCAUCGUGAUGGACUACGUGGGGCGCCUCAACCUACGUGGCUACAUGCAGCGCCGGGUCCGUCGUCGGCGGCCAUUCUCCGAGGACGAGGUGCGCCGGAUCAUGAAGCAGCUCGUGGAGGGGGUGAAGGCCGUGCACGGCGUGGGCGUCCUGCACCUCGACAUCAAGCCGGAGAACGUGCUCCUGGACGACGGCACCGAGGACAGGAAGCAGAAGCCCAAGAAGGGGGCCGUUGAAGCCGAUGUUGGCGGCGAGGUCAAGGACGACCGCAUAGUCUACAAGAUCGGCGAUUUCGGGAUGUCCACGAAAGGGCGGGGCAAGAAGCAGCCGGAGGUGACUAUUCUGACGCCGUACAGCGCGCCGGACCUCCUCCUGCACUCGCGCGACUACGACGAUCGCGUGGACACGUGGGGGCUCGGAUGCAUAAUGGCCGACCUCCUCUCGGGCACCGGCGCCUCCACGUUCGACGGCGAGUCGGACAUAGAGAUCAUGGCUAAAGUGUUUGGCAUCGUCGGCACGUUCGGAAUCAAGGAGUGGUCUGGAUACUCGGGGCUGGCGGCAGACCGGAAGUCGAAGCUGCCGGGCGACGGAGGCAUUAGCCGCCUUCGGCACAAGUUUCCCCGUCGCAAGUUGUCGUCGGCCGGGUUCGAGGUGCUCAGCGGGCUGCUGGAGAGCAACCCGGAGAAGCGGCUUACCGCAGCGGACGCGCUCAAGAAGCCUUGGUUCGGCAAACAACGACGUGGCUUUGCCGGUUUCUUCAAGUCGUGCAUGGUUGGAGUCCUACCGGAGAUUUAGAAUUAACUAGAAGCAUAGGCGCGCGUUGCCGCACCGUUCUUCUUUUAGCUCGUUGUGUUCCCUUAUUCACGAAAGCGAUAACAGUCAUUAUAUUGUCAUUGUAAUCGGAGUGCCUUGGUUAUCUGACUGCUUUGCAGCUCAAAGGAGAAUGAAAGACAUGUUUUUUUUAUGAAAAAAAAAUGAAAGACAAGUGGGGUAAACACCAUGUUGUGAUGCAGCUUACAGUUAAAAAAGGUCUUCUUUUAAGGACUCAUGAUUAUCAUGAGAUUUGUUUUUUUUACAAAUGCACAGUAACAUUCAGCAUAGUCUCUCUUAGGGCCUGUUUGGUUUCAAUAAGUCACCUAACUUAAAACCAGUGACUUAUAAGUCACGUCUGUUUAGUUGUCACCUGACUUAUAAGUCACCUGACCACACCUUCCCACCUUGUUUUUUUAUGUAAAGGUGGUGGGACCCAUGCAAAAGGGGGUGACUUAGUUUUAAGUUGGGGUGGAGCAACUUAUGACUUAUAAGUUAGGAUGACUUAUAAGUUGGGUCUGUUUGGUAAAAUAAGUCAUUUUUUUCACUUUUCGGCUUAUAAGUUGGUGACUUAUUUGGAACCAAACAGGGUCUUAUUUGCUGCAAUCAAGUUUACAAUUUGUUAUGCACAUGUUCUACAUUCAGAGGACAUGAAUAUGUACAAACUCCAAUUCUACUCAUGAAAAAUUAUAAUUGCCUAAAAAAUAUUCUCAACCAUGACUCUGGUGGAACUAAAACAGAAAAUACAUGAUAGC